ACAAGCAGACACUGCAUAGCUGAUUCAACACUCAGUGACUUAUAGGAGGCCAUGACAGGUUGUUUUAACAGGGCAUCAAAAUACGUGAACAAUGGCAAAGACCUACGAUUACUUGUUUAAAUUACUUUUGAUAGGUGAUUCUGGUGUAGGUAAAACGUGUGUGUUAUUUAGAUUUUCUGAGGAUGCUUUUAACACAACUUUUAUAUCUACAAUAGGUAUAGAUUUCAAAAUACGGACCAUAGAAUUAGACGGAAAGAAGAUAAAAUUACAAAUAUGGGAUACUGCUGGUCAGGAAAGAUUCCGCACAAUUACCACAGCUUAUUACAGAGGGGCAAUGGGUAUUAUGCUCGUAUAUGAUAUUACAAAUGAGAAGAGUUUUGAGAAUAUAAAAAACUGGAUUAGAAACAUUGAAGAAAAUGCAUCAGCUGAUGUAGAGAAAAUGUUGCUAGGGAAUAAAUGUGAAUUAACUGAGAAGAGGCAGGUAACAAAAGAAAGAGGAGAACAAUUAGCUAUAGAAUAUGGAAUAAAAUUUAUGGAAACAAGUGCAAAAGCUUCUAUAAGAGUUGAGGAAGCCUUCUUCACACUUGCCAGAGAUAUAAAGACUAAGAUGGAGAAAAAAUUGGAGGCCAGCAACCCACCAAAGGGAGGUCAUCAGCUCAAGGCAUCCGAACCCAUGAGGAAGCCAACCAGUUGGUUGUCUAGAUGUUCCUUACUCUGACAGCUGUCCAGUGCUGUUUCCAUUUGGCCUCAGACUAAUGUUUCAGCAGACAGUUAUUUCACUGUAUGUUGUGAAAAAUUCUUCUGUGGGAAGUACACAAUGCAUAAAGUGAUUUUGUAACUGCUCUGACCAAAUUGUGGCUGUAUAUUUAUUUUGAGAAAGGAUUUAUGCCAUUUUUAUAAGGUAAUUCGGUCACACAUUUGAAUUGUACUCGAAGAAUUGUGUACAGUUCUGUGGAUUGAAGUAAGACUUGCUAAGCAAGUUUGUUUUUUUAUUCCCUACUUCCACCAGGGAUGAUGAUCAAGACUGUACAGAGAUGUUUUAACAGCAAGGGUUUUUUUUAUACAGUACUCAUGAUUUGUUCAUAUAGUUAUAUAAUUAUGUUAAAGCAGUGGUGGCAGGAAAAUACUCAUUUUUGCUGUCAUUUGCUUAUGUUCCGGUGGCCGAGUAAUGGGGAUGGUGUUAGCCAUGACAUAUGAUUGCCUUAGAUAUAGGAAAUCAUUGCUUGUUUACUAUUUUAUACAUUUAUUUCUGAAAAUUAGAAUUGAUUUGUUUAUAAAUUAUGAAAAUGUUGUCUUGGUUCUUAAUCUUAAUUGCAAGAUAUUAAAAUGAGUAUAUUUUACUUACGAAAAAGUUACUCUUUAACUGCAGUCGUCA